AUGAUUCUGGUACUGCUAUAUGCUCGCAGGCACUUUUUGUUUCCUCCCAUGAGUAUUGAAGAAUAUAAUGAUCGUGUAAUGGCAGUAGGACGCUGUGAAGCACAAGAUGCUUUGCUCCAGAAACUUCUUGAUGAUAGGUACUUAUCAGCAGAAGAAAGGGAUGUUCUUCGCCGGGGAAAGAAUAUCAUCUCUGGUAAAACACGGACAAAAAAACGAGCUGGUACAGCAGUUUACAAUAGAGCAUCUUCGCUAGAAACACUAGUUGGUUAUCUGUGCUUGACAAAUGCAAAUCGAUUGGAAGAAGUCAUGGGAAAGCUGGGAUUCUCAACUGGUUCUUCUACACAGCCGAUUUUAGAGGAACAAGUAGCAAGUUAAUUGCUGAGUCAUGCUUUUUGUGGCAUCUAAGUCGAAUAUGCAACAGUCAAGAGGAUUUGCAUGAUUGCGA